AAGGAAAUAAAUAUCAGAAGCCAAGAGCACAGAAUAUUUUCUUUCAUCAAUCCACAGAACCCUGAUACUUCUCUAAUUCCAUCACACACAAAGGAAUGACCACCUUGGCAGAUGGCCACAGAGAAUGUCAACAAUUUUUUGGAGAGAGAAGAGGUACUCCCUUAUAGGGACUCGUAAAGACAUAGAGCAUCUAGAGAUUUACUGCCUCCAUUACGCUGCUGGCUCUCGCAGCACUUGUUAUGUUUUUAUCAGUUUCUCUCCAGAAGAUCAUAUCAACCAAAUAGGAGUUCAUAAUCAAAAUCCAGCAAACACAUAAGAAAAUAAGCUACCAUGAGCGAGAGCAGAAAAGACAAAUUGCAGAUGUAGCCUCCACCCUGCCCAGGAUUAAAAGGUCAAUGUGAUUCCAGUGAAAAAUCCUAACGGUGUUUGAGGAACUCUAUUUGGGUCUAAAUUUUAUUGGGAAAGCAAAGAGCCUAGAAGAGCCAACACACUCCUAUAGAAGAAUAAGGCAGUUAUAUACGUCAAGAUACAAAUAAAGGAUCUGUUAAAGCAGAUCUGUGCAAUUCUAUUCCAUGUUGAGUUUCUUUCAUCCACCACCACAGUCAAGAGAUUGGAAACCCAAGUGCCUACAGAGGCCAGGCUGGUGGGAAUGAAGCAGGAAGCCACUGCCCUGAACUGGAGAGCCAAGUCCUUUCUGAAGGAGCAGCCACUGCUCCGUUCCAGAUAAUUGUUGCAAGGCAGGAAUGUUGACCUAGUGUUACCAAAUUGUCCGGUUUCUCAGGCUGCAUUAUUGGAAUUUUGAAGACAUGAAAACAUCAGAUGAACCAACCUGCAACAUCUUGGAUUCAGAUUGGAAGAUGAAGAGAAAGUUUAAAGAAUGUGGCCUCUAAAGGCGGGUAGUACCUGGAAAUAUUAACCGACUCACACUGUAAAAAUGAGACCGGUCUCUAGACAAUAGAGGUUAUUUUAGUCUGACAUCAAGGUUCAAGACAAAAUGUUGAACUAAAAACUUUACACUCUUCCCCUCCCCCAAUCCAGGCAGGUACCAGCAUUGGCGAAUAUGAUUUUCCUUAGUCAGAAGCACUCAUUUUUACCCAUGUAGACCAUCCUUAGGAAUUAAAUAUUGUUUAUUUAAUGUAGAUUAUAAUGGGAAACUGAUUUUUUCCACAAUGGCAGAUUUCAAGGACUUGGUUCCAAACUGAGCCGAAGCUUCCCAAUGCAUUUUGUACAGUCUGGGAAAAACUGUGCUGCAUUGGCCAUUUUUGAAGGCCAUCAUGCCCUGUAAUAUAAGGAUAUCAUCUUAUUGCUGAUAUCUUUGGAGAGUCCCAAGCAGACACAGAAAAUGAAUGGAGGCAAGGACUGUGACGGAGGGGACAAAGAUGGAGGUCUUCCAGCUAUACAAGUUCCUGUGGGUUGGCAGCGGCGUGUGGAUCAAAAUGGAGUGCUUUAUGUCAGUCCCAGUGGGUCUUUGUUAUCUUGCUUGGAGCAGGUUAAAACAUACCUGCUUACUGACGGAACAUGCAAGUGUGGCUUGGAAUGUCCUCUUAUUCUUCCCAAGGUGUUUAAUUUUGAUCCUGGAGCUGCUGUGAAACAGAGAACUGCAGAAGAUGUUAAAGCAGAUGAAGAUGUCACAAAGCUAUGCAUACAUAAAAGAAAAAUCAUUGCCGUGGCCACACUUCACAAAAGCAUGGAAGCCCCACAUCCUUCUCUGGUGCUCACCAGUCCCGGGGGAGGAACAAAUGCAACUCCAGUAGUACCUUCACGGGCAGCAACUCCAAGAUCCGUAAGAAAUAAGUCGCAUGAAGGAAUUACAAAUUCUGUAAUGCCUGAAUGUAAGAAUCCUUUCAAGUUAAUGAUCGGAUCAUCCAAUGCCAUGGGAAGGUUAUAUGUACAAGAACUGCCUGGAAGCCAGCAACAAGAACUCCACCCUGUCUACCCCCGGCAGAGAUUGGGCAGCAGUGAACACGGACAGAAAUCUCCAUUCCGUGGCAGCCACGGAGGCCUGCCCAGCCCAGCAUCGUCAGGUUCCCAGAUAUAUGGAGACGGCUCAAUCUCUCCAAGGACUGACCCACUCGGAAGCCCAGAUGUCUUCACAAGAAAUAAUCCUGGUUUUCAUGGAGCUCCCAAUUCUAGUCCUAUUCAUUUGAAUAGGACUCCUCUUUCUCCACCUUCAGUAAUGCUACAUGGUUCUCCUGUACAGUCAUCCUGUGCAAUGGCUGGAAGGACUAAUAUACCUCUUUCCCCAACCUUGACUACAAAGAGUCCAGUAAUGAAAAAACCAAUGUGUAAUUUUUCAACUAAUAUGGAAAUACCACGAGCAAUGUUCCACCACAAACCACCCCAAGGCCCACCUCCCCCUCCUCCACCUUCUUGUGCUCUUCAGAAAAAGCCAUUAACAUCUGAGAAAGAUCCACUUGGCAUUCUUGACCCUAUUCCUAGUAAACCGGUGAAUCAAAACCCUGUUAUCAUUAAUCCAACUAGUUUCCAUUCAAAUGUCCACUCUCAGGUACCUGUGAUGAAUGUAAGCAUGCCUCCUGCUGUUGUUCCUUUGCCAAGUAAUCUCCCUUUGCCAACCGUAAAACCUGGUCAUAUGAAUCAUGGGAGUCAUAUACAAAGAGUUCAGCAUUCAGCUUCAACCUCCUUGUCCCCUUCUCCAGUGACAUCCCCAGUGCACAUGAUGGGGACUGGAAUUGGAAGGAUUGAGGCAUCGCCCCAAAGAUCACGCUCAUCUUCCACAUCAUCAGAUCACGGAAAUUUCAUGAUGCCACCUCUAGGACCCCAGGCCACUUGUAGUGGUAUUAAGGUUCCACCCAGGUCACCAAGGUCAACGAUAGGGUCCCCAAGGCCAUCAAUGCCAUCAAGCCCUUCUACCAAGUCCGAUGGACAUCAUCAGUACAAGGAUAUCCCUAACCCAUUAAUUGCUGGAAUGAGUAAUGUACUAAAUACCCCAAGCAGUGCAGCUUUUCCUACUGCAUCUGCCGGAAGUGGUUCUGUAAAGAGUCAGCCUGGUUUGCUGGGAAUGCCUUUAAAUCAGAUCUUGAACCAGCACAAUGCUGCCUCCUUUCCAGCAAGUAGUUUACUCUCAGCAGCAGCCAAAGCACAGCUAGCAAAUCAAAACAAACUUGCUGGUAACAACUGUAGCAGCAGUAGCAAUUCUGGAGCUGUUGCUGGCAGUGGCAACACUGAAGGACAUAGCACUUUAAACACCAUGUUCCCUCCUACUGCCAACAUGCUUCUCCCAACAGGGGAAGGGCAAAGUGGUCGAGCAGCACUAAGAGAUAAGCUGAUGUCUCAGCAAAAAGACUCAUUGCGGAAAAGAAAACAGCCACCUACGACAGUGUUGAGUUUGCUCAGACAGUCUCAAAUGGAUAGUUCUGCGGUUCCUAAACCUGGACCCGACUUGCUAAGAAAGCAGGGUCAGGGUUCAUUUCCCAUCAGUUCAAUGUCUCAGUUACUACAGUCUAUGAGUUGUCAAAGCUCUCACUUGAGUAGCAAUAGUACCCCGGGUUGUGGGGGCUCAAAUACUGCUUUGCCUUGCUCUGCUAACCAGCUGCAUUUUACAGAUCCCAGUAUGAACUCCAGUGCUCUUCAGAAUUCACUGACACAGAACAUACCUUUGAGAGGGGAAGCCGUGCACUGCCACAAUGCAAACACUAACUUUGUUCACAGUAACAGUCCAGUCCCAAACCACCAUCUUGCAGGUUUAAUAAAUCAGAUUCAGGCUAGCGGGAACUGUGGGAUGCUCAGUCAGUCGGGCAUGGCUUUAGGAAAUUCAUUACAUCCCAAUCCACCUCAGUCAAGAAUUUCAACGUCCUCCACUCCAGUGAUACCAAACAGCAUUGUUAGCAGCUAUAAUCAAACAAGUUCUGAAGCAGGCGGUUCAGGACCAUCCUCCUCCAUAGCCAUAGCUGGCACCAACCACCCUGCCAUCACAAAGACAACAUCUGUUCUUCAAGAUGGCGUCAUAGUUACCACCGCAGCUGGAAACCCACUGCAGAGUCAGCUGCCUAUUGGGAGUGAUUUUCCUUAUGUUGGCCAGGAGCACGCACUUCAUUUUCCAUCCAACAGCACUUCAAACAACCAUCUUCCACACCCCUUGAACCCCAGCCUCCUCAGUUCUCUACCUAUCUCUUUGCCAGUGAAUCAACAGCAUCUCCUAAACCAGAAUCUAUUAAAUAUCCUCCAGCCUUCAGCAGGAGAAGGCAAGUCUGAGAUCAACCUCCACCCUUUAGGUUUUCUCAACCCGAAUGUAAACGCUGCUUUAGCUUUUCUCUCCGGUGACAUGGAUGGGCAGGUAUUGCAGCCUGUUCACUUUCAGCUCUUAGCAGCCCUGCUUCAGAACCAAGCCCAAGCAGCUGCCAUGCUUCCCCUGCCAUCUUUCAAUCUGACCAUCUCAGAUCUUUUGCAACAGCAAAAUACCCCUUUACCCUCAUUAACACAGAUGACAGCCCCACCAGACCAUUUGCCAAGCAAUCAGUCAGAGAACAGCCGAGCUGAGACCCUUUUAACCAGCCCCCUGGGGAACCCUAUACCAAGCUUUGCAGGCAGUGACACUACUUUUAACCCCCUGUUCCUCCCAGCUGUCACUGGGGCCUCAGGAUUAAUGGCCUUGAAUCCCCAGCUGUUGGGAGGUGUCCUGAACUCAGCAUCGGCCAACACCGCUAAUCAUCCAGAGGUUUCCAUAGCAACUUCCUCCCAGGCAACCACUACCACAACCACUACAUCAUCAGCAGUGGCAGCACUGACUGUCUCAACACUUGGUGGGACAGCAGUGGUGUCAAUGGCAGAAACAUUGCUGAAUAUAUCUAAUAAUGCUGGGAAUACACCUGGUCCAGCUAAACUCAACAGUAACUCUGUGCUGCCACAGCUACUUAACCCUCUACUGGGGACAGGUCUGCUUGGUGACAUGUCCUCAAUAAACAAUACUUUGAAUAACCAUCAACUGACUCAUCUGCAGUCGCUGUUAAACAACAAUCAGAUGUUUCCUCCAAAUCAGCAGCAGCAGCAGCAGCUUCUUCAAGGGUACCAGAACCUGCAGGCAUUUCAAGGACAGCCCACAAUUCCUUGCCCGGCUAACAGUAACCCCAUGGCUUGUCUGUUUCAGAACUUUCAGGUGAGAAUGCAGGAAGAUGCAGCUCUCCUAAACAAAAGAAUAAGCUCUCAGCCGGGGCUCACGGCACUUCCUGAGAAUCCAAACACUACACUUCCACCUUUCCAAGAUACAUCUUGUGAGUUGCAACCGAGGAUUGACCCAUCUCUUGGUCAGCAGGUGAAAGAUGGCCUCAUUGUGGGUGGCCAAGGUGAUGCUUCUGUAGAUGCCAUUUACAAAGCAGUUGUUGAUGCAGCCAGCAAAGGAAUGCAGGUUGUCAUCACCACUGCAGUCAACAGUACAACUCAGAUCAGCCCCAUUCCAGCUCUGAGUGCCAUGAGUGCCUUCACUGCCUCGAUUGGUGACCCGUUAAGUCUCCCCAGUGCUGUCAGUGCGGUCAUUCAUGGACGAAACAUGGGCAGUGUCGAUCAUGAUGGUAGGCUGAGGAAUGCAAGAGGGGCUCGGCUGCCCAGGAAUCUGGACCAUGGGAAAAACUCAAAUGAAGGAGAUGGGUUUGAAUAUUUCAAGUCAGCAAGUUGCCACACAUCCAAAAAACAGUGGGAUGGGGAGCAAAGCCCUGGAGGGGAGCGAAACAGGUGGAAGUGUGAGGAAUUUUUAGAUCAUCCAGGCCAUAUCCACAGUAGUCCUUGUCACGAAAGGUCCAACAAUGUCUCUACACUGCCAUUUCUGCCUGGGGAACAGCACCCGGUACUGUUACCACCAAGAAACUGUCAAGGGGAUAAAAUUCUGGAGGAAAAUUUCAGGUAUAAUAACUACAAAAGAACUAUGAUGAGUUUUAAGGAGAGACUAGAGAACACUGUGGAAAGAUGUGCACACAUUAAUGGGAACAGACCUCGACAGAGUCGGGGCUUUGGAGAGCUGCUGAGUACCACAAGACAAGACCUGGUCCUAGAGGAGCAGUCUCCGAGCUCCUCAAAUAGUUUGGAAAAUUCUCUAGUCAAAGACUACAUCCAUUACAAUGGAGACUUUAAUGCCAAAAGCAUUAAUGGGUGUGUGCCUAGCCCUUCAGAUGCUAAAAGCAUUAGUAGUGAAGAUGACCUAAGGAAUCCAGAUUCCCCUUCUUCAAAUGAGUUGAUACAUUAUAGGCCAAGGACGUUCAACGUUGGCGACUUGGUCUGGGGCCAAAUCAAAGGACUUACUUCUUGGCCUGGAAAAUUAGUAAGAGAAGACGACGUUCACAAUUCAUGUCAACAAAGCCCCGAGGAAGGGAAGGCCGUACAGGUGGUCCCUGGCCUGACAGAUCAAUGCUGUCCCUGGACUACUGCCGCGGGCCGAGGUGUCCAUGCUGUCCCUAAGUUGAUGACGCUUCAGCCAGCUGUCAUGAUAGUCAACGACCUGGUGGAGCCCGAGAAGUUGAAGACACUAACAGAAGGUUUAGAAGCCUACAGCCGAGCCCGGAAAAGGAACAGAAAAAGUGGAAAGCUAAAUAACCAUUUAGAAGCUGCUAUUCAUGAGGCCAUGAGUGAACUGGACAAAAUGUCUGGGACUGUUCACCAAAUCCCACAGGGAGACAGACAAAUGAGACCCCCCAAACCCAAGAGGAGGAAGAUCUCCAGAUAACAGGGACUACUCCACCAAUGCGCAGUGUUUAUUAAAGGAACGUGCACAGAUAUAUCUAUAUAUAGGUAUUGAUAUAGCCACUGUUAUAUCAGUAUUUAUACUAUGGCAGAUAGCUACUACCACCACAGGGUGCUAAAAGAAACAGUGAUACAAUAUUUUUUUGAACAGGAAGGAUAAUGAAUGCUGGAAAACCAAUCAGAAUCCCUGAAUGAUGAGAGUGAUAAAUGGUCAAGAGAUUACUGAGAAACUUUUUCUAUAAUACUAAAAUUGUGAUUAUAAGAAAUGUCCAAAUGUUUCUGAAGACUUUUCAAUGUUGUAUAUAGAAAAUACAGAAUUUCAUGGUGAUAUCAGAAAUGUAAAUAUUGUACAAUAUUGUCAUGUACAAGCGUACCUAAUGCACACUUUAUCUUUUAUUGUACAAAGAAAUAGUGUACAAAAUUCUUUGGUUUCUAUGGAGUACACCUACCAGAGACUACCAGUGUAAAGUGAUAAAUAAAAAUACAACCUAAAUGCUUUUCUAUGA